GCUAAUAUUAAACUGUUAUAUUCUGUCCGUUAUCAUUAUCUUAUUGAUCGUUUCUGAUUUCUGAUUUUUUUUUCUUUGAAGAUAGUUGGCAUUGCUGAUACAUGAACUGCAUAAUGAAAACCUGUGACUGAGUUUACCAUGUGGAGAACAAACAAGAAGGCAGUUUUCUGCUUUCUUAUUUUGUUCAAACUGACAGGUUUUACUAUUGCCACAUCUAUUAGUUACGAGAAAGGAUAUGAAUAUGUCUACCGUAUGAAUUCAACAAUUGAACUGAAAGAUGUCCAGCAAUUUGUCGCAACAGCAGAGAUUGGAUUUGUCAACAUCGCUAUCAACGAUUCAUAUCAAGAGCUUCUUUUGGUCGUUCAUAGAACACGGUUUAGUCCACACGAUCGACCAGAUAUAAAUGGACAGAUAUAUAAUAUGUCUAGAUGGUUUUCGUUCGAGAUAAGUCGUCGUGGUGAAAUCAGUAACGUAUAUUACCUGCCUGACGAGGAAAUUGAAGUCAUCAAUUUAAAGAAAGGUUUUGCUGGUAUGCUGUCAGCUAAAUUGCAUCAUCAUGACGAGAUCGACAAAGAUAAGGGUCUAAAUGAAUGGAGAUUUGACACAAAUGAAGUUGGAAAAGAAGGUCCUCAUACAGCAAGUUACAAUGCAAGAACAACAGCAAAAGGUUAUGAGUUCAGGAAGAAACGAACGUCUUCCCCAACCCGGGUAGUGAAUGGAAUCUCCGAUUACGAAAAGACGCUUCAAAUUCAUAAAGAACUUAACACUGUCCAUAGUGUAACACUUAAAGAAACAUUUACAAUAGACUUCUCGGAAAAGCCAGGCUUCGAUCCAUUCUAUGCUUCACGGCCUGUGCAUGCUGUGUCAGAUUUUAGCGACAUGGAUUUACCACCAAUUCAAGCAACGUCAAGUGAUGAACUCCGGUUUUUUGAAAAGCGACCGUUUAUUUCUCACUUGGAGAGACCGCUACAACUUGUCAAUGGGUCAAUCCAACAUGACGUUAAGAUCAAUCUGGAUACCAAGUUCAAAAGACAAGAAGACAUCCAAAUGGGAAUUUCUUUUAUUGACCGUAACAUGACCUGCAUGCGAAAGGCACCUCCCGAGGGAUCUAUGAAGCUUACUACAUGUUUUCAAAACAUUGUCCUGAACAUGAAAAUGCUCCCAGAUGAAGAACUUGAGAAUGUUACAAAUAUGUACUUGUUUAAUCAAGGUAAAACACGUAGUAGCAGUGAUCGCUUGAACUACAUUGAUGUUCUAGGAGCAGUUGAAACCCCUAAGGCACAGAGUUUGCUCUUGCAGAAAGUCAUUCGAAAUCCACUUGUCAACAGUCAGCUGUAUCAAAGAGCACUGUUGGCAAUCGUUUCAAUGGAUGUCGAACCUUUAUAUGAGUUGGUCGAUACCUUACAAAUACUGUGUCUGACUGGGGAAUACCAAGGCGUCAUUAUUCUUUCGGAAGACUCGAGACAUCGUACUUGUCUUACAUAUGGAAGUCUAAUUAGACAUCUGAAGAAAUACGGAAAAGAAGACAAGGCAUUGAAACACAUUAAAUGUCUUCAUUCCAAGCUGGGAAUUCACGACCCAUGGUUGUUCAAACAGAAAAGAUCUACAAUGUCAGCACACGAGGCUUUGGAACAUGAUUUGAAUAAAGUUGUUUUGCUCGAUUCUGUUGGAAAUGCUGGAAUGGACUCAUCCUAUGAAUAUAUUGUUUCACACAUAAAUUCAAGUAAUUCUCAGUGGGUGAAGCGGACAGGUAUUCAUGCUCUACGUGGCUAUUAUGAAGAAAAGGUUCUGCAUGAACUUGAAAAGGUUGCACUCUAUGAUGAGGAGGAAACAGUUAGAUAUGAAGCGAUGUUACAGUACCAAGCUCAUCCUCUAGCAGUUAGACAAAGUAGAAACGAACUUGCGGUCCAGAAGAAAGCGAUUCAGGAACGCUCUAUAUGGGAAAAGUACCUUAAAUUCAAAUUAGAGGCACCCGGGGUAGACUGGAUGAAGCUGGUAGGAUCACAGAAAAUAGGAGCAUCUUUUGGCGUAUUAAUGGAAAACUUGCUUGACGUCAAGUUGUCGUUACUGAAAGGUAGUGUUGAUAUCAGAGUACACGACGAGGUGUAUUCAAGAGUUCACUUCGGAUACGUUGGAAUCAACCUAGAUUUCUACUCGGCUAGACUAUGUUUUAAAGGUAGCGCACAGUAUGGCAUCAAUAUCAUCCAGGAAGGAGACUUACAGCGGUUUGUCAAGCUUGUCAGAGAUUUCAGCAACAUUGUGCGCAAAAUAGUUCGCAGUGUGAAGGACGGUGUUGAGGCGUUUAAAUCUAUUUUAGACGACGAUUUCUCACUUAAAGAUAUUGUUGAUGAAUUCGUAACAUCAGUGGAAGAACUACCGAAGAAGGUGUUAUCGCUUGGUACCAAAGUUCGACAGAUACUGAACAAGAUAGCCAGUAUUGCACGUGAAAAUCUUCCUCCGUUCGCGAAGACAGUGAAAAGGUUUACAGAUGCAGUAACCGAAACUUAUGAAAGGGUUCGAGAGGAUGUUAUGACAUUUUACAAUUCAAUAGUAGAAGGCGUAAAAAUAAUCAUUCCGCAAGCAGCUGAACAGAUUUAUGAAUCGGUACAAGGGAUAAUUCGUGCGUUAAUGAAAAUAUUUAAAGAUCCAAAGACAGCAUUGUCCGACAUUGGCAAAGGAGUGAUUGUGAUUUAUGCAAGUGUUAAACAAGUGGAAAUACUGAAAAAUGACAUAUUGAAACAUACAUUUGUUACUGGCGGUCUAGGACCGUACUGGAGUGAUUUAAAAGAGGACGUUAAUACCAUUCAAACAUUAUAUGAAGACGCACUUCAUUCUGUACAAACAGAAGGCAAAGAAUGGGUUUCAGAAUUAUUAGAGGAUGACCCUGUUGAAAAACUCACAGGCGGUAAAAUGACCCUGGAAACGAUAAAAGAGAACAUCCGAUCCGAAAUAGAAGCUGAAAUCGAAGAACUCGUGCAGCCUCUUUACCUUCUAAAAGACAUCGGAGGGAAAUAUAUGCAGACGUUCUUUAGUAUCAUUGAUGUGUUCAAAGAUAUACGAGAAGCUUAUACACUUUUAAGAAAUGGAUACAAAGUUGGAAAAUCGCUUGUCAAUUCCAUCUUUGGACACAAGUUCGACAAGGAUUUUCCAAGAACUAGAAGAGUAAGUGGCGAGGGCUGCAAUGGGGAUGGAUUUUACCCAUCGAGACUUGGGGGUGGUAACGGUGAAUACAAAACUGACGGUAUUGAUAUCUUAGUUGCGGAAGGGGAAGAGGUAGUUGCUCCUGUGGGAGGAACUAUCAUUUUAUCCGACAACAACAACGAAAUUAUUAUAGCCGACAGUGAUGACCUGCCUCAAGGAUCCGAACUCGUACUAACAAACGUGGAGAUAACUGAUCCUGUUGGGCAUUUAACACAGGUUACUGGAGGCGAAGUCAUUGGUAUUGUGACUAAAUCGCCUUGUGGCAAUAACAACCACAUUCAUGUCUCUGUUAGAAGAGGUAGUGGGGUUGUGGAUCCAAGUAACUAUCUAGAAGACAGAAAAAUGAACGCACCGAAAUGGGAACAAAUAUGUGACGACUAUAAAGUCGUUUUUAAAUUUGAUACCGUUGCAUCUGGUUUUGUUGUUGGUUUGGAUGGCCGAAAAGAAGACGACACAACUGAAUACAUUGAAGAAGAUGAAUCAUUAGCAACAGAAGAUAUGAACGAAUCUGAAAGGCCUGGACAAGAUAUACAAAACAUAAAAGACGACGACGACGGGAUCUACAAACAUCUGUCUAUGAGAAAAAGGAAGAAAAGAUUUGUUGAUACGAAAGCUUUAAAUACUACAUUAGAUAUACUCGUGACAAGCAUUAAGGAGUUUCUACAAAACUUUUCCAUCAGACGAAUAAAACUAGGAGCGAUCAUUCAGCUAUUAGAAGAACUUGGACUUGAGGACACAAAGGCGAAAAUGGCUAAAUUGAUAAUUGAUAUCAAGGAAGCAGUAAGCAAUGAAGAAUGCAAAAGCCCAUAUCACAUGACAAAACAAGAACUUGAAAACGAACUCUUCAGCAGAGGAAAACAACAAAAAGCCACUAAUGAAGAAAUGAUACGGGAGCUUACGCGUGCUGAAAUAAGUUGCCCAUUGAUCACAUUGGCACUCCCAGAAAAUGAAUUACUGUACUGUACACUUGAUGAAAAAUGUGUUGGUAUAGAGUGCUGCCUUACCGUUGAAGUGUUCAGUUUACUACAGAAAUCAAUUAGAAUAUUUGUUCGCCUAGACGCAGAGCCUUUGACAUUAACGUUCGGAGUAAAUACAUGGACGGAUUCAAUUGACACAUCUGAUAUGGAAGGAGAUGAUGAAGGUUUCAAGGACACUGGGAUUGAGUUUGAUUUCUUGGAUGGUCAGCGGAUUGUUGUGAAAUAUGCAUAUAAAGGUACUACAACCGAAAUGACUUUAUCAUUUGGUAUUGGUAUCUGCGACGUUGGAAAUAUCGAAGACUGCUUCGUUUAUAUACCUAUGCUGGAAAACGCUGUUUUUCCAUUUCCAAGCGUAGACCCAGAUGGAAACUUACAAGUUAAACCAGUAGAUGUAGACAAGUAUUUCGAGGAAAUCAAAGGUAAUAUAGCCGAUGCUCCAAUAGAUGUUGCUAAAGCCAUUGUUGAUAGUACCAUAAACGAUUUUCUAAAAUCUCUUGGAAUUGAUAAGGUAUCACAUCACUCAUUCACUAGUUUAAAUACGUGCAUUAAUUUGACUUGUCACAGAACAGUUUGA